UUUCAACAUGGCGGAUAGCCCCGUAGACGAUCCAACAGCUGACGAGAUUAACCAGCCUGAAUCUACGGAAAAGACGCCCGUCGUUGCUGAGUGUCAAAAGCCACUGCUGGAUGUUGUCGAGAUCUGCAUAACAGAGCCGGAGAGGCGCACUGGAAAUGGAUCCACGAUCAACUUUAGGGAAACGUACAUGGCAUACCUUGUCGAAACAAGGCUGAAAGAUAAGGAUGAAGCCAAAAAGCUCUUUGACGGGCCGUGCAGCCUCUGGAGGAGGUACAGUGAGUUUGAACUGCUGCGAAACUAUCUAGUAGUGAAGUAUCCACAUGUUGUCGUACCUCCUCUGCCAGAGAAAACUGCAACCUUCACAUGGCAGAAGGUCCCAACGGAUAAGUUUGACCCUGACUUUGUCGAAAGAAGAAGGGCGUCCUUAGAGACAUUCCUGUUGCGCCUAGCAUCGCACCAUGAACUGUCCAAGGACUCCAUGCUCCUAGGCUUUCUGAGGCAGGAGGAUGCAUGGAAGGAGUCGGUGAUAGCCACAGGUUUCCAAGCAAAGGCUGACUCAAAGCUGAAGACGAUAAGCGCAUCAUUCCGUGUGAAAAAACCAGACCAACAGUUUGAAGAGCUGAAAACUUACUGUGGAGAGCUGGAGGCAAACAUCACCAAUCUCCUCAAGAUCAGAGCUAAACUGGUUGACACUUUGUACGGAGUGCACAAGGUUCACGCCAACUAUGGCCGCGUAUUCAGCGAAUGGAGCGCGAUUGAGAAUGAGAUGGGUGACGGCCUUCAGAGUGCAGGACACUACAUGGACGUCAAUAUGGAGGACAUGAUUACCAACACUCCCGUCAAUAAGGACACGUCCCCUGGCACUCAGGUCGACGACGACCCGUAUAUUGACACUCACACAAACUACGGUUCACUGCAGUUACUACACUUGCACGCGCCAGUCGAAACCACAGCGUAUGCUGAGCGUGGGGCUGAGCCUAAAUGCUUCUCAGGUUCUUCAAGGGAUUGCGGACAGAUAGAAGCUGUUACUGCAGCCGAACAGUGGUCGAAGAGAACAAUUUGCGGACCAGAUCCAAGGUACCUUUAUUAUUGGCUGAUUGCACUCAGGACGGUGUGCAGGAAGCACGAGCUGCUGCAGUUUGAGUUGGAGAGAGCGGAGGAGCACCUCGGCCAUGAAAGCGGUCUUAGGAGCCCUCCUUUCUGGAACGGCUCAUCCAGGGCAAGGCCACUUGGAUCGGCGGCAUCCGAAGCAAGCGCUUCGCCACGGCAGGUGUUUGGCAGCGCAGAAACACCUGAGCAGAAGGAAGCCAAGCUGCAGCAGGUGGAGGAGGAGAUUAUCGCGGCCGAGGAGGCUGUGGACGUUUUGCGGGGCAGCAAGAGCAUCCGUGAUUUCACCCAGGAUGCUCUACGAGACAUUGAAAGGUUUAAGCAGCAGAAGUCAAAGGACAUCAGGGACAUUCUGAGCUCCUACGUCGAACUGCAGAUCAAGCUGUGCAAGAAGGGUAUCCAGAUUUGGAGCAAUGCAAAGGGCAGCUUUGAAAGGAUCUAGAUAUAUGCAUGGAUGAGGGUAUGAUAAAGCAUGAAGGUGCAUUCGGGUACAAACUGCUUCUGUAUUCUGUUGUAUUCUGUUGUGAGCCACGAUGUACAAGAAAAUUGCACGAAGUACCUAUCUAUAAUGGGCUCACAGCCCUGCUUAACUGGACCCAUGAUUUGCUGCAAUACGCAUGUGUCUUGUGAAUCAUUGUGAAGUGGUGGGACAAUUAUUAUAUCAAAGUACGAUCUUUCAGUAGAAGUUUGCCUCGAAAGCUGUAACUGCAUUAGUUACUACAUCCAAUUCGUUUGCUAUAGCUCAAAUUCGCAAGAUCAGUAAUGAUUGGGGAAUGGAAGAUGGAAGAUGGAACUGUUUCCAGAAUAUAAACUCGUGUCAUAUAAAUGUGCUCUGUGCAUCGCAGAAUUGCGUGCGAGUGGCAGACUCGUGGAUCACGUGAAAUAUGUGCUAGAGCAUACUUUUAAAUAUUACCUUCAAGUUUUACCCUAACACGAGGUCUUAAGCUGAGCUCUCAAUGUCCGCUACUCUAACGCUUAGGCGUGCCUAGGUGUGCUAGUUUAAACAAGCUAAAGAAAGGAGAUGUAUAACAAAUGCUUUCGUUACCACACGUCUUCUGUAGGCGGACCAGAGUGCGCACCACCCUCGAUGCGUAAUGCUGCAUGAACACUUGUAUUCACUGCUCUGGUUAGUUGUCAAUGACACAAAUCCCUCUUGUAAUUUUGCAGUCGAAUUUUAAACGAUAUUCGUCUGUGUUGUACAAUUUGUAUGAACAUUCUGUGUGUUAAAGGCAGUUGCAAGUUAUUAGGACAAAUAGUUUGGUGAUUAUGAUCUAAAAUGGAUACACAUUAACACAAUUAGUUAUACCAGCAUUGUUAAGGUGUAAAUUAUAUUAGUUUUGAAGUUGCACCCCCAUAAAUACUCUGUAAAAAUGAUGACCUUACUUCCAUAUCAUGCAAAACAUUGUCAUUGGGAAAACACAGAUUUGCAACUGCUGUAUGGUUAAUGGGUUAAAAAGUGUCCAUAAUUUGCAAGUAUUUAGGCUUGAAACUAAAUGCUCAACUUGCUGCAAGUGGAUAUUGAAAAUUAUGCGCUUCGUAAAUAUACUAAUAUUUAUAUAGAUAUCUUAUAUAUAUGUAGGAUUGGGCUUGAAAUGCAAGCUAACGCCAAAUUAUUGCUGGAUGUGUCGCAUUACUGCAUACUUACUCCGAAUGCGUGUAUCGGGGAGCAUGUCAUACCUCUCUCUCUCUAUAUAUAUAUAUAUGUGUGUGUUGACAGUACAUAAAUUCAGUGUGCAUAAAUGUGUUUUAUAUUUUCCUUUACAAUUCAGUUGGUCAACCUUUUCGUUGACGAAUUUCACGUGCGUGUAAAAAGAUGUAUACAACGAAAAAAUAUAUAAAGAAAUCAGAAUCGUAACAGAAUAACAAAAGUUGUGUUGGAAGUUUUUUUAAUUUUAUUGUUUUUAAUACAGGUCAAACUAGCGUAACUCGCAAGUUCUUAAAAAAAA